UCAUGUAGUUUGUUUGCAAUUGCUCUCGAAAUAGUCUCCGGCUUCAGCACUCUCGAGUCUCGAGUCUCGAGUGUCGACCUCCCCUCCUUUUUGCUUCCGUCCCUAUAAUCCCUCUUUGAUCCAUCUCCCCCUGUUCAUCACUGCAGCUCUAAACAAUCCACACACCACGAUCAUCAUAAUCUCAAUUCCAAUUUUCGAUGGAUUUUGAGGUUGAUGAUGAUGUGAAUAGCGAAGUAUUAUUAAAUUCCACUGAAAUACAACCCCAAAAAGGCGAUGAAGAUGACAUGGCGAUGGUAGGAUGUUCCCUUGAAGAGGUAUUUCACAACAACCAUGAACAUGAUAUAAAAAUCGAUCAAGAUGAACCCGAAAGUGGCACGAUUCCAUUAGAUGGGUCCCACAAUGUGAUUGAAGAACCUUAUAUUGGGCAAGAAUUUGAAUCUGAAGCAUCCGCACAUGCAUUUUACAAUGCAUAUGCAACAAGAUUAGGGUUCUUGAUUCGUGUGAGUAAGCUUUCAAGAUCAAGGCGUGAUGGAAGUGCUAUAGGAAGAGCUCUUGUGUGUAACAAAGAGGGUUUUAGGAUGCCAGAUAAGCGUGAAAAAGUAGUUAGACAAAGGGUGGAAACAAGAGUUGGUUGUAGAGCAAUGGUUUUAGUUAGGAAAAUAAACUCGGGAAAAUGGGUGAUUACAAAAUUUGUGAAAGAGCAUACUCAUUUGUUGACACCUGGAAAAGGGCGUAGGGAUUUGAUUUAUGAUCAAUAUCCGAAUGAGCAUGAUAAGAUCAGGGAAUUGUCACAACAGCUAGCAAUUGAGAAAAGAAGAUCAGCAGCCUACAAAAGACAUUUGGAAAUGGUUUUUGAGCACAUUGAGGAACACAAUCGCUCGUUAUCAAAAAAAAUUCAAGAGAUUGUAAACAAUGUGAAUGCAAUGGAGUCUAAAGAGUUUGAAACUUGUCAAAAAUAAGUCAAAUUCUUCAUCGCAUACAGGAAUUGUGGAGUUUGGAUUUUGGGUGUUGGUUGUUUAUUUGCAAUUUUGCUUGUAGAUGUUGCAUAUUUUUCAACUUAGUUUAGAAAGUGUUUUCUUCCUUUCAUAUCUUGAAAGACUUGUGUACAAGUGGAAACCUUAUAUAAGUAAUUAAAAGGGUAAAUUCGUUUGUUUGUGUAUUAAAA